AUGGCAUCGCAUGAUGGAUUAGUCCACUACCCCCCUGCUCCUGGAGCCCUGCACUUCGGAGAGACACUGAUCCGAUAUCUGAACAACCAUUGUCGACAACGAACACUCUACGUUCAUCUUGAAACUCGGCCGAAUUCAAGCCCACACAUCGGCAACCUUGUCACCUUUGCCACGGGAUUUGCUCUCGCCGCUGCACUAAAGCACAGCUGCUCGCGUAAUGUCAGGGUGAGGAUCAUUUAUCAGGAUCCAGGGCCGGAUCAUCACGAGCUGCUCACAAUCGAUGGAGUUAAAUACCAGAAGGGACUCACGGGCCCCGGGGAUUCCGGCUUAAACCAGACACCGUUCAGGAGAGUGAUCCGGCGGUUGGCCGAGUUCUUCGAUGUCUCUUACGACACUUGCUCGCCGAAUUUCUGGCAACAUAAUCCCGAGUUCACCGACGCCCUCAUGGAGUGCGUCAAGUAUCGCCGCUUUAUCGGGACGCACCUUUCGCCGACGACAGGAAAGCUGGCCAUUCGUGUAGCCUGCCCCGAGUGUGGGCUGGUGGACAAGGACGGUGUCAAGAACGGGUAUCAUCCCGACGGUCGCAUUAGCUGUGAUUGUCCCCAGCAUGGGAUGUUCUACAUCAACCCAGCCGUCAAUGCAGACGUGGAACGAAUGGAGCUCGGUCCGCCACUCCGACAUCUCAUUCGGGCUAUCAUCUGCAGUCGGGAUAAACAGGCCUCGUGGAUCAUGUGCACUGGGGCUGAUCACGCCGGUCUUUAUCACGAAGAGCUAGUUUGGAGGCUCCUGGAUGAGCCAGAAGAUGCGCCGAUCUUUUUCUACGCCCCCCUGGUUGUGGACUGGUCGGGAGCGAGGCUGUCCAAGACCAAACGUGUUCGGGAUGGUGCGUAUCAGUAUCUGUGCGAGACGAGGCGCGAGUACAUGGUCGAUGCGGACAUGUUCCUAAGAUACCCGGGGGGGCUUGAGGCGCUGUGCCGGGAAGUGCGAGGGUGGAUCGAUCAGCCAUACCGGCUUUUCCGGAACUAUUCUGUAGAGUAUCUUGAGAGGCAGCUGAGACUGCGUGGGAUGCUCCAUGCAGUUCACUAGACGUAGAUUAGUAUAUUGUUAUCCUCAUGUUUAUCUGACUCACUCAUAUCAGGUAUAUUUGCUCCCAGAUACGGUAUAGACCUCCAGAGCUUCCUCGAUUCCAUUCCUCGCCGUCAGGUAUCAUCCCUCCUUCCGGCCAUCACGU